UAAUUAUAGGCUAGGAGACCGGCCUGGAAAGUCACUGCCGGCGGUAGCCCGCCCCUCUGGGCCUGAACCAACCAGUGCGUUCCGAGAAAGUUUCUUGUCACGUGGUACAUACUUAUUGUUGAGAGAGUCAUGUGAUAGAUCGGUGUGUUGUGUUGUGGAUUGCGUUCAUUCAAUUUCAUUGUCACUUGCUUGCAUACUUGUCACACGGUUCCUCAAGAUGGCUCCACCACAAGUCAUGAAGAGUGCUGCUCGGUCGGCUUUGGGCGUGUUUUUUGAAUACGAUACACCAAGAAUUGUUCACAUUAGAAGUAAAAAAGUCGGAUUAUUCAACAGAUUCUUGCAGCUUUCCAUUUUAGCGUACAUCAUUGGAUAUGCCAUCGUGUACAAGAAAGGUUACCAGGAAUUUGAGAAUGUUCAGAGUGCAGUCACAACGAAGGUGAAAGGCAUUGCUUUCUCCAAUGGUUCAAUUCCUGGCAUUGGCACGAGAACAUGGGAUGUUGCAGACUAUGUCAUUCCACCACAGGAGAAUGAUGCCUUCUUUGUGAUGACCAAUGUUGUGGUCACUCCUGGACAGACUCAAACAGGGUGUGCUGAGGACCCAGGUGUUACUGGCGCUAUAUGUCAGACCAAUGCUGACUGUGAACAGGUCAAAGGAACCAUUUUGCCAAGUGGAAGUGGUCCUGUGACUGGAGAGUGUGUGCCGUCUGAUGUCCCUGGUUCGAAGGAAAAAGUAUGUCAAAUAUUUGGCUGGUGUCCGUUGGAAAACGAUAAAAUGCAAGGAGAUAGCCCAGUACUGGAAAAUGCCAAAAACUUUACAGUGUUCAUCAAGAACAACAUUGAGUUUCCCCGAUUCGGUGUGAGCAGGAGGAAUAUUCUCGGGUUUUACAAUGACACAGCACUGAAGACUUGUCGCUGGAAGAGAGGGGACCCUAAGCUAAAGUUCUGCCCCAUCUUUGUCUUGGACGAUAUUGCGAGAGACGCUGGAGUCACUUUUGAGAACAUGAUGAUGGAGGGUGGUGUGAUGCAGAUUGUCAUUGACUGGACGUGCAACCUGGACUAUUCCGUGGAAGAUUGUGUCCCAGAGUACACUUUCCGACGUCUGGACAAAGGAGACUAUAGCGUCUCUAGGGGGUUUAACUUCAGAUUUGCCGACAGAUACUCUGUAUUUAAUGAGAGUACAGGACUACAACUCUACCGUAAUUUGUACAAGGCAUAUGGAGUCCGAUUCCUGGUUACUGUUCAGGGUAAAGCUGGCAAGUUCUCAAUAGUUCCCUUGCUCCUGAACAUUGGCAGUGGCAUGGCAUUGCUCGGUGUGGCCACCAUUAUCUGUGAUAUCAUGGUGCUCUACGUGCUCAAAGCAAAGAAUUUCUACCGAGACAAAAAGUACCUUGAUGUCAAAGGUCAAGAUGCUUUCGAGGUUCUCGAAGAAGAGGCGGGUCCGGGGGAGCAGAUGUCGGAGGGGAGCACUAACUCGGUCUCCAGGAGGAACUUGACGGCCAGUGAUGGAGGAGCCGCACCUUGAUGCUUGACCCACCACACCUUGAUGACCCCUGUUGACCACUUUUAUAGAAUUUUACACUCUCAUUAUUUCACUUUAUUGACCUCACACUCUCUCACUAUUUUACUUUACCAAUUUCACACUUUCAUUAUUUCUCUUUACCGACGUCACACUCUCUCAGUACUUCCUUUCUUUCUAAAGGUAUUUUUCCUGUCUUUGGAGGUCAGAGGAAUUGAAUGGCAGUGUGUGCUGGAGAAGCCAAUCCCAAGUGUUUGCUGAUGAUCUCAGCAACGACUUCUUACUCACUCUCUUUGUCUCUCCCUCUCUUUCUGUUUGCAUCUCCAUGUCUCUCUUUUGCUUUUUUUAUCUUUUUCAAUCUCAUUUUUUUUU